AUGGAGCGUGAUAGCUCGGGAAGGAGGAGGAAAAAGGAGAAACAAAAACAAGUGAGGAGCCACAACACACGACUGAGCCACUACUGCGAGCGAGAGGGCAUCCUCCCGGAGGAGCAGAGUGGUUUCUGCCCACACCCGUCGACGCUCGACAUGCUGUUCGCCAUCCAGCGGCUCCAUGAGCUCGCGAGGAAGAAGAGUACUGCGGUGUUCGCGUGCUUCGUCGACCUCACCAAGGCAUACGAUUCGGUGGAACGAGACCUACUGUGGGACGUGCUCCGACGCUUCGGCGUGCCCCCGAAGAUGCUGGCGGUCAUUCGCCACUUCCACGAGGGCAUGAGGGCGCGCGUCCGAACGGACGACGGGCAGUACUCGGAAUGGUUCGACGUGGGCCAAGGCCUCCGACAGGGAUGCAACCUGGCCCCGCUGCUGUUCAACUUGUUCUUUGCCGCGAUGCUCAUGGUUGCCGUGGCCGAGUUCGACAAGGACCCCAAGGUGACGGCGAACAUGGUCAAGAUCGGGACACAAGUGGAGUGGAGUACACGGGCAAGAAGGGCAGGUCGGUGGGGAAGAAGACGACGAUGGCGACGGACGCGGAGGCAGGCCCUGUGGGCCAUGCUCUACGCUGACGACGCGGCCAUCGCUCGCGCUCGCCGGAGAGUCUCGAGAAGAUGA